UGUUUUAAUACAUUUUACCUCUCUGGAUUACAGUUUGAAUGAAGAAAUGGGGAGCAAAGUGAAAAGUAAUGGGUACUCAGUGGUACCCAGAAUGUUGUCACACUGUGCUGAAAAGGGAAGAGAAGCUGAAGAAAUUCGAAAGAGGAUGAUUGAUGAUCUUACCAAUGAAUUACGUCCCACACAAGAAAAUUUAUCUUAUUAUAAAACAAAGAUCAGUGAGUCUGUCAAAAAAUUUGAAAGGAUACACAAUAAAAUAGAGAGAUGGCGAGAAGACUGUAAACAGUAUUCAGUUUUGGAGGAGCUUUUUCACUCACAAGCUGACGAAUUAGCUAAUCUGAAAGAAUUGCAAAGGACAACCAAUAUUUUGCUGCUUAGAGUACAAGCUGAAUCUGCCGAAAUCAUAACUAAAAAUUAUGCUUUAGUGGAAAAAUUAAAAUAUGCGAAGAAGCUUAAUGAAACUGCUAAUGAAGAAGGUGCAGUUAGUAGUGAUCAAAUAGUAUUUGUCUCUUCCCAGUUGAUGCCAGUAACAGUAAAACCUCAUGAUGGAGCAAAAUUACCAGGUAAAGUAGGAAAGAAAGCUACAAAAAUAAUGAAUGCAAAAGAAAGAUGUGCAGUCAAAGGAGGAGAAAGCAUGAGCACAGUUUCAAAGGAAAGUCUGAAACAUCUCACAGAAUUAUACAAAGAAACAUGCAAGCGAUAUGAAGAUUAUAUACGUAACUUGAUGGAGUUCUGUGAAGAGGCUGAAAUUGAAGAAAUAAAUCGACAAAAAACCAUUGAAAACUUGAAAACAUUAUUGGAAGCACGAGCUCAUGCUGUUGAACAUCGGAUCUUUUGUAUCACUAAAGAAUUUUGGAAAGUGAAUGAAGAAUUUUAUUGCAACGAAGAAAUUUGGCAGACAGAGAGAGAGAGAUUAAUUGAUUCAGUCAACAAAUUGUGUACUUAUGUCACAAAUGGAAAAGCAUUUUCAGAGGACUGGACCAUCUAUGGAGGGGGAUCCUCAACACAAAGAACACUCAGUGAAGAGAUAGCUGAGGAGCAUAGGGAGCUAGAAAAGAAGCUUAAAGCUUACAAGGACAAGUAUAAAACUCUAGUGGAAGAAAACGAUUGGAGUAAAAGCAAUGCAGAAAGAUGCCAAAUUUUAUUAGAGGUGGAGGUUGACAUCAAGGAAGGUGGCUUGUUGGGCUGUAGAAGACCAUGUGAAGUGAAUGGGGAAGAUGAUGUUGAAUUUGCGGAGGACUUUGGGUCAAGUGUCCUCACUCUGUCCAAAUCAUAGAGAAGUCAUCAGUGAAUAUGAACCAGAAAAAACUUGGGAAACUUAGGUCAGAAAUUACGAUGCAGAUGAAGAAUUACAAAGAACUUGACCGUAGACAAAAACUAGAAGUUGAGGGCUUUUUAAAUGAAAUAAAGAUAUUGCAAAAUCACCUGAAAAAUGU